AUGUCGGCGUUGGAUUCCUCUGAGAGUACGGAUGCAAGGCGAUUCAUAUUAUCAAACUUUGGGGCUGUGCCGAGAAAUCGCCUAGUGUCUACUGUAAGGAGCAUGGAGAAGGCCAUCAACGAGAACAGAGGUUUUGGAUAUCUAAGCCGACUCGAGAGUAUCGGGGAGGCCAUAGAAGCAAGCCUCGUACAAAACGAUACCUUCAAGAGAGAUGUCGAAGGAGCGUCGGAUGGUCCCGCAUUGGCUGAGCUAUGGUUAUCUGGUUUGGAAUGGGUGUAUGAUGAGUUGGUCUAUCCGUAUCCCGAAGAGAGAAUGGUAGCCGGUGAAGAGAGUGCUGGUGGCUGGUUACGUCCAUCACUUAUGUGGGCAGUAGCGGACAUUGGCACAAAGACUGAGGGCGGCUUAGCCCUUCGUGGACGGCGUGAGUUAUGUGCUAAGGUCCAGUCGGCUGUGACGGUAUAUAGAAACGUCAUGGAGACAGCAUCUCACAAGGAGCUGAAGACCACUGACUCGGUGACCACCAAAAGUGAGGCUGAGCAUGAUCCCCGUAAACUAGCUGGGACCGUGACGGAAGACACCGCAUAUUAUCGAUCUACUCGACGAGCAGAACAGCUGAUCAAAUCCUGUGGUGUUGGUACCUCUGAUGGUGAUGGUGAUAAAUAUAUAUCCUUCAUUACCACUCUAAAAAGCGCCCUAUCGUGUACCCCUUUCGUGUCGGAGGCAGCCAAGAUGGAGUUUGUCUUUCUGAGUUUGCGAGGACCAGCACAAAAGUAUGCCAGACAGCAGGCUGCCAAAGCGAAAAUCUAUGGGAUGGACUCCGAUAAGGGAUAUCAGACUCUGCUGAAGAUACUGGAUGACAAGUACGACAACCUAAGGGCACGGAGGUCAGCACUUCAUGAGUGGGAAACCCUGCGCCAACAGUCGUCGGAGACAGUUAAGCAGUACAACCAACGCUUCGAAGAAGCAGUACUACUGCAGGAGGACGCUGGGAGAAGCGAUCUUACAAUGGAAAUGAAGAAGGAGAAGUUUGGCAAUGGACUCACCUCGGUGGCAGGCGUGGCUGCGAGGGCCAUGGUCGAUCCCUUGACACACCUCUCUUUUACACAAUAUGUUCAGAUGGUAUGUGGUUAUGCUCAGUCCUUCGAAGCAUGCUCAACAUUGCCUGGUUUUGGUAAGUCCUCACCGGCAGUACAGAAGCCGGUGAUGAGGACACAGCUUAUGACCGCUGAUAUGAAAGACCCUGGUGGUGGAAUUUUGAAAAGUAUGAAAAGCUCUGGUGGUGGGAACUUGGACGUAUCAGGCAAUGUGGCACAUUGCCGACGAUGUGGUGCCAAAAACCAUACCGAAAACUCAUGCUGGUCGAAUGCUAUUAGAGAUAAAGAGAGAAGAUGCUCGAAAUGUGGUGAUUAUAGCCACCGCAGGAAAGACUGCACGCAUAAGGAGACGAAAUGCGUGCGAUGCGGGCGAGCUGGUCAUGCGGCACAGGUAUGUUGGGCUAAGAUGCGCCCCGGUACCACACCUUCACACUCGAAGAGCGAGACCGGCAGGGGGAGUAUUCAAAACACGCCGGAUGAGGGGAAGCCGAAGGAGAAGAGGAUCGACUCAGCUGCGUCGAUUAUCGAGAUAUGCAAUGAAGAGGCUAUAGUGGAAGGUCGGAUAAAUGACUUUGUUGACUCGAAUGCCCUAACGAUAUCACUGCGAGUGGGCGAAAAACCCCUUGCAGAGAAGACCGCUGAUUGUGUGCAUAUAAAUGCUCUCGUCGACAGCGGAGCGGGGGCAUGCUUCGUGCACAUCCGCCUGGUUGAACUCCUCAUAAAGCAUGGGAUCUUGUCACGAGAGGACAUCUGCAGCAUCCGAGGUGUAGUGGUUACUUAUGCCAAUGGGGACAAGGCGAGCUGCACUAGUGCGGUGCGUUUACCCAUACGGCCAAACGCUGAUUCCGUCCAUGAUACGAAAUGGUUACCUUGCCUUAUCUCUGAUACCUGCCAACAUACACUGGUCGUUGGCAGACCGGGUAUGAGAGUCUUAGAUAUAUCCGUAUCAGCAGUGGAUGGUGGUAACUUUUAUCAAUACAGCCAAGUCCCGAGGACAAUGUCGGUUGUAUCUAUGGUGGCAUGCCAUGCGGUAGAAUCUACCUUACUAAAAUAUGGGUCAGAUGACGAGACGAUCGAUGUGGACUAUACCUUUGAGACGGUGAAAGAUUCGACCGGUCAAACUCGAUUGAGACUAAAGGUGCCCCAAAUCGAGAAAGCCGGCAUAAUGCCCUAUUCGGAAUCGGUGAGGCCGCGCAGUUACACUGAUAUGAGAAUCCUCCACCACCGUUUCUUACAGAUGGAGAAGGAGGAGAAGGUAGAGAGAGUUCCUGUCGGUGAAGCAGUAGUACAACUUGAACCAGUAUUGGUUGACAAACAUCAGCAUGCCGGAGAUAGGCCAAGAAUGUACCCAAUUGACCCGGACGAGUUGAAGGCCCGAUAUAGAGUUACCUUAGAUAUGAGACCUGUGAAUCAAAUGGUCCUGGCUACUGAUAGCAAGGAGUUCAUGUGGCUACCUAAUGCGAUGGCAUCGAGGGUCCGGACGGUGAAACCAACGGACCAGAGACAGCACCAAUCGAGUGCUCAAGAUAUCCUGAGAUCCAUACCUGAGGAGUGUGCCAAUUUCUUCGCCAAAAUCGACCUAAGCGAGGCAUUUUAUGCCAUAGAGACUCCCAAUGGAAUCAGGAGACUGGCCAGCACAAGAACUCAAGCUGACGAUGGAACCUCUGUGUUUUGGCGUUUUACACGUCUUGUCCAAGGAUGGACAUGGAGUCCUAUAUAUUUCAGCAGAGCGGUCCAGUACAUCCUCGAUACCAUCCGUGGAAGACUUCCUAAAGGAGUGGUAGUGAGACAUUAUCAAGAUGACUUACUUGUAUGUGGUGCCAGUGCUGAUGCUGUGAACCUGGCUCUCGCGGAGUUGAGCUCUAUAUUUACAUCACACGGUUUCCAUGUCAAUGACAAAAAGACCGUGUUUGCUACUGAUACCAUCGUGUUCUGUGGAUUCCUUCUGAGUAAGGGCUACUAUAAGCCUUGCCCGACGAGGAAAGACCUGUCGAAAGAAGCCGCCGAGGCAGCAUGGCUCGAGUUCUGUGGGUUCAUUAAGAACCGCGCGGAGAGGCAAGCAGCUCGGUUGCGCUCGUGGACAGGCAGAUUCCAGUUCCUGAGAGGCUGGCUUACCCCUCAGUUGAUGGAAGACCUCAAUAAGAU